GUUCGGGCGCUCGACCUUUUGAAGAGCAUGAGCAGCGUAGCAAUCGCGAAGGAUAACGGGGAUCGGGGUGAGCACCUUGUACGGGUGGAGAGCUAAGGAAGCAGACAUCAGACAACAGGCAGCAGUCUCCAUGCCCGGCGCCAAGUCUACGAAGGGGGCUGAGUUUGCGAAGGUGGAGCAAGUAGUCAUGGAAAUGUUGGUGCAGGCGAGGGCACUGAGAAUGCUUGUCAAACGGGACGCGAUCCAGGCCUUCGGGCGCAAAGCUCGUCGUGCUCUUGAGAACGCAGCACCUACGGACACCGAGCGUGUGCAGUACAGCGGCUUCAACGCGUCCGAGGGGUGGGUAAAGAAGUUCGUCAAGCGCAACAACCUGCACUCCCGUACACUUCACGGCGAAGCAGGCAGCGUCGACGACGAAGCCAUCGCCGAUCGCCUCAGAGUAAUCCGCGAGACGUGCGCUCAGUAUACCCCAGAAUGCGUCUACAACGCCGACGAAACCGGGCUGUGCUACAGGAUCAUGCCCAAGGCUACAUACCUCGCGCCAUCAGAGCUCAGAAAGACCGUGCGAGGUGUGAAAGGUAUGAGAGCGAAGGAUCGAGUCACCGCCUACAUGGCUACGAGCGCCAGCGGGCGUAAGGUGCCGCUGUCUUUUAUCGGCACAGCCAAGGAGCCCCGGUGCUUCAAGAUCCGGGGCUCACCCAUCAAGUACUUCAGCCAGAAGAACGCGUGGUCGGACGCGCGAGUGUUCAAGCUGUGGUGGUCGCAAGUGUUCCUGCCACACGUGCGCUCCGUCACUAGCGAGAAGGUUCUUCUCAUCAUGGACAACCACAGCAGCCACGCCGACCUCGUAGACCCCAAGGAGCAGCCCAUGGAUGCCGGGAUCCUCGCAGCCUGGAGAGUGCGGUACAGGACGAAGCUGCUGGGGAUUCGCGUCGACACGAUGACGUCGGCGGCGCAGCUACGGGAGCAGGCGAAGGAAGGCAAGGUGAUUCGGGGCUGCAUGGGGUUCGCGGAAGGAGCACAGCCUCACAUCCUGGAUGCAGCUGAGCUAGGCCUCGAGGCGUUGAAGGAAGUUUUGCCGGACACAAUCAAGAGGUAA